AACCAACCCAAUCUUUCAACAUAGAAGCAAGCGAGUAUCCCGGUGAGGAUGGUACAGCCACAUUUAGAAAAAUAAAAAGCCAUUCUUGAUCAGUCUGAGAAAUAAAAGUGGUAAUGUGCAGAUUACAACUGUUGUUUCAGGACAAACUACCGCUGUGUUAUCGAGGUCGUACUUUCGGUUGUAGUAACAAGGAAGGAAACAAUUUGUCUUUGGAAUCAUAAACACAGGGCGGAGAUCAGCAUGAGGACGUUGAAGAGAUGGAACAGCAAGCUUCGUCUGAUCAGAAGGAAAACACAAACGUAGAAGAUUGGGUUUGUGCAAAACGAAAUGUCUGGUAAUGGACAGAUGCGAGGUUAUCGAUGGUUACACCCUCGUGCAUGAACGAGGAUGGAUGAUGUAUCACUGUGGGGCUGAUCGCUUUGUUUCACUGACUCAUCUACACGAGGAGGGGACAGCAGCCUUUUAUCGCCACAUUCCAUAUUGUUCUCAUACCCUGUCGUAUGAUGGUGUUUUGUGCUUCACUGAAUCAGAAAAAUUCCUGUCAUCUUCUCCAGGACGCCAUGACUCACCUGAGCCCCAUCUCAUUGGUCAGCAUUGUCCUUGCCCUCCUGCUAAGCCCCGCCUCCUCUGAGACCAGUGCUCUGCAGGACCUGAUCAGCAGGAACGCGGACUUUGGUGCCCGUCUGUACCGAGCACUCGCCGACCGCACUGACGAGAACGUCCUGUUGUGUCCGUUCACUUUGUCUGCUGCUCUGACAGUGCUGCUGAGUGCCACCAACGGACAGACCCGCGAGCAGUUGCAGGCGGGACUCACGCUGACUGGGCUGGAAGCUCAGACACUCCCAGAUGUGUUUCAGGCUCUGAGGAACGCCAUUCCGACAGUCUCUCUGCAGCAGGGUGCGGCCAUCUUCCCCUCUCAGAGUGUCCAGGUGGCCUCAUCCUACCUGAACCUGGUUCAGACCAAGCUCGGAGGCACAGUUCAGGGCGUGGACUACACAGAGGCUUACGAAGCCGUCAAGACCAUCAACCACUGGGCGCUGGAGCAGACCGUAGACCAGGUCCAGGAUUUCAUUUCUGAAGUGGACCAUCAGACCCAGCUGCUGCUUGCCGCCGUUACCGCCUACCGAGCAAGCUUCACUCCGCCCUUUAAUGCGUCGUCCACUCAGGACGAGCGGUUCUACGUGGAUAGCUAUCAUGUCGUCAUGGUUCCCAUGAUGUUCAGGGCCGAUAAGUACUUGCUGGCGUACGAUGCUGCGGUGAAGGCUGGCGUGCUGAAGCUGCCGAUGACAGACGGCGCAGCCAUGUUGGCCGUUCUUCCCGAUGAAGGCGUGGACGUCACUGCCGUGGAGGAGGAAGUUACGGCUGAUAAGAUCCAGGCCUGGAUCCGCCAGCUGAAGAAGACGAAAUUGGAGGUGCAGUUUCCUCGCUUCAUAUUGGAGCGUUCAUACUCACUUAAGGAUGCACUGCAGACUCUUGACAUCACCCAGGUGUUUCAGGACAACGCUGACCUCAGCAACAUGGGUGGAGCUGAAGGGUCCAAACUUAAACAGGUGUAUCAUAAGUCCGUCAUCUCUGUCGAAGAGAGCAGCAGUGACACCAGCACCGGAGAUGCCGUGUUCUCCUCACCUCCUCCUCGACUGACGUUCAACAGACCCUUCAUCUUCAUCAUCUACCAUCAAAGCACCAGUGGCCUGAUGUUCAUUGGCCGAGUCAACGACCCCACCCACAAAUAAAUGGGACCACACACCAACCCACAGCCUCCACCGCGGCAAACAGUCCACCCCCCGUCCCAUCUUCUAAUAAUGUCCUGUGAUAAAUAUUAGCUAGAUAUUGUCAUUUAAUAACAGCGAUUUACAUUAUUAACUCUGUUAGUGUCCCAUUAGCGGCUUGUCUGUAACAUUCUCUCUGACAUCUGACUGUAACUACAUCUUUAUCAUCAUCAAUAAGAGCACAGUCACACUAGGAAAAACAAUGGUUGCAGAUCACGGUGUGACCGUGUGCAGUCACCUUGUGAUCUUUGUGAACCUUUGAGAUGGUCACUUUGAAGACACAAAUUAGUUAUUAGAGGAACCACUCCUACUCAGCUGCUGUCUUCAGGCCAACAUUGGUGGAUUAAGAUGUGAUAAAGCGGUGAUCAAUUAGUAAGAAUAUUUUCAUAUUUUGGAGUUCUGUAUCCACAGUAAGAAAGCUUCGCUAUGAGGGCAUCUCUAAAGAAUUACUAGGUAAAUGGUUCUGGAGCUACUAUAAUGGGCCCAUAGAGAAGAACAGACACACUCCUGAAUGAUAGAAUCAACACCUGUGGUCCAUGGUGCUGUGAUACAGAGCUGAGUCAUUUUCAUAUUAACCCUCAGACUCUUAAAGUCUGCCGUUGAUCUCAGUGAAUGGAGCAAGACUCCUCCUUCCCAAGUUCAUAGUUGAGGCGCGGCAGGAAUGCUGAAGAAAAAUCCUUCAUUAAUGCGGUCUGUUUUCUUAAGAAUCUACUGAGUAUAAAUUUUAUCACUUCUUUCUUUAAACUGGCCGCAUUUUCUAUUGUUGCAGUUGGACACAUACAUGUCACAGCUGGAUUUAGUUCUUGUGUGUUAAACAUUUCUCUUGUAUUUGGAGAAUGCGUAAGUCUUUGCACGCAUUAAUUGAACCCAUUUAAAAUAUCGUGACGUUCAAACAUUCUAAAACACUGACAUGGCCACAUUAAUAGCUGCAUGUUGGCAGAGAUACAUUAUGCAUUAGGGCCUAUUGAGGGAAGUAAAAGAAGGAAAUAUGAAUGUAGCUCUGUGUGUGCACACACGUUUUGUUGUGUACUGAUCUCUGUGAAGAAUAAAGCACUUUUAAAGCCGCUCUGCUCUAAAAGACAA